UCCGUGUAUCAUCUGAUCAUUCAAUUAUUUCAUUUAAUCUGGCAAACGAAAAACGGGCAAAACAGGUCGAUAUUUCGUUUUUCGGUGGUUCUGUAUGAACCAAAAAAUGAAAGCUGAUGUCUUUUUUCCAGUUUUCAGCUCGAAACCGAAAAACAAAUAAACCGAAAAACCAAAACGAAAUAAUACGGCUAAUUUACGUUUUUCUGUAUUUUUCCAGUUCUCACGGUGUUUACAGCUGCGCGCCGCGCUUUGCACAUGCGCACUGAAUAGCAGCUCAAUAAGCCUGUGAUCAUUUCUGGUGACUGGUAUGCCGAAAGACCCACAAUGGCAUCACUCGAGUCAUACAUGCCAGUAAUAUAUGAUAUGUUUGUGAAUGGAGUGACAUAUAGGGAGAUGUCUGAAAGGCUGCGAGAAAUGGGUGUCCAGCGGGGAAACUCUGAGAUCAGUAUCCGGAGACAACUUGCCAAACACAAUUUGCGGAGAAAAGGACACUCUUCUGAUUCAGACCUUGAAAUUGCAGUCUCUCGAGCAAUACAUCAGACUGGAUCAACUUAUGGUCGUAAAAUGAUGACAGGCUUCCUGUCAUCAGUUGGAGUACGUGCAGGAGAAUGCCGAAUCGGACGUGUUCUGAGAGCAGCCCAUGCCCCAUACCACGAAGAACGGCGUAAAGGUACCCGUAACUUUAACCCAAACCCAUAUACUGCAGAAUACAUGGGACACAAGCUACACAUGGACCAAAACGAAAAAUUGGUCAUGUUUGGAGUGACUCAUGUAAUUGCUGUGGAUGGAUACAGCAAGAAAAUUGUUGCAAAUGCAAUUAUGCCUACCAAAAACAAUCUAGCCAUCUAUGAUGCUGUGUACAGACCUGCAGUAACACAUUAUGGAAUGUGGGAUCAACUUCGUGUGGAUCAUGGCAAAGAAUUUUACCUCAGUCUGUACAUGCAAGAGAGGCUGUCAGAAUAUAGACACAACCAGCAAAGAGCACCAUACCUCCAAACUCAGUCAACAAGGAAUCACACAGUGGAAAGGAUGUGGCCAGAAAUCAACAACCGGGUAAAUUACCCACUAAAAGAGGCCCUCAUACAACUACAAGAUCAGGAAGCAAUAGAUAUGGAGGACAGCCUGACAAGGUUCUGCACAUCCAAUCUGACUGGCCAAAUGUGCCAGAUUGGAAUAAAUAGAUUUGUGCAUUCAUGGAAUGCUCACAGGAUCCCAGGGAGAGGGAUACCAAAUCAGCUGGCUGGGACAGGAACACCGAGAAAAAUCACAGCAGAUCUUCUACCAGAUGCCACGGUAGCAGCUGACAUGUAUGACAGGGACAUGGGAUCAUCCCUCACCAGAAUAUCUUCUUUCGGAAGUGACCCCUUUCUGUCUGAGGCAGACAAAGUGAGAGUAGAGCAGCACUUUUCACAGUAUUACCCAGACCUUGCAGUUGUUUUUGACAAUGUUGCCAAUUACAACUAUGUCCCAUUCAAACAGGCUUUGAUCUACCUCAUUAAUGUAACAAAGAGAUUUUCCUAAUUUCAUAUGUCUUGGAUCAUGUGGAACCUUGCCAUAAAUCGAGGAAUAGCCUCAGCCAUGAGGAAAAUGUUAGCACUUAUUUUCUGUUUAGUAUACAUACUGUAAAUAUGGACUCCAACAUUAUGCAGUCACUACUAUGUACUCUGUAAC